UCGUGAACCACCCCCCGCCCCUCUUCUUCCCCCAAUCAUUCGUGCACUCCCUGGAGACCUCUGAAGCCAAGGAAAACCCUAGCCCUUCUCCCUCUUCCCCGUGUCGUUUUCAUCUUUCUCUUCCCCAGGUAGCUCGGGACGUCGUUUUCAUCUUCGCUGGCUUCUCGGCUCGGAACCCAGCAGUUCUUCUAAGUACUGUACCCCUAUCCGUUGAGGGUUUGUUGAAAGAAGAAAGGAGAUGUCGUACCUGUUGCCGCACUUGCAUUCGGGAUGGGCGGUGGAUCAGGCGAUUCUUGCGGAGGAGGAGCGUCUCGUUGUCAUCCGCUUCGGCCAUGAUUGGGAUGAGACCUGCAUGCAGAUGGAUGAAGUGUUAGCAUCAGUUGCUGAAACAAUAAAAAACUUUGCUGUAAUUUACCUUGUGGACAUCACGGAGGUUCCUGAUUUCAACACCAUGUACGAGCUCUAUGACCCAUCCACAGUGAUGUUCUUCUUUAGGAACAAGCACAUUAUGAUAGACCUGGGCACUGGAAACAACAACAAGAUCAACUGGGCUCUCAAGGACAAGCAAGAGUUCAUCGACAUUAUCGAGACAGUUUACCGAGGGGCAAGGAAGGGCCGUGGUCUCGUGAUUGCCCCCAAAGAUUAUUCAACCAAGUACCGUUACUAAGCCUCACAAGCAAAGAUUGCUGCUUUGUUGUAAUCACCAUAUAUUGUGCAUCAUACCUUUGAUGUUUCUGGAUCUGUAAGACAAUUCCUAUGUUUAAUUUUUCUUCCAAAGUUUGCUUAGCUGCUAUUACCAGCAAUAUAUGGUGUCUUUACUGCUUAGCUGCUUAGUCUGUUUUUAUCAUGUUAGCGUAACAGUGCUCUGCUCUGGUAGCAUGCAACGUGUUAUUUGGCGAAAAUUGCAACAGGUGCUCUUAUUUAUAAAUUAUAAUCUAUGAUUGCAACUUUCUUA